GAAGCGUCGAGCACAGCGUGUGUGUUGUUGAGUGCGCUGGUUGCCGGGACUUUCUUGUUGUUUAUUGUUUACUUAAAAAGCGUCACCAUUAUUCCGCGGGACAACCUCAACCACCGGUGGCCGACCUCGGGUCGCCACAAUGGUAGUCCAUCGCCAAGACCUGAGUUAAUGUUUAACUCCGGCCCGCCCGUUUCUCGAGCCGUAGUGAUGCCGAAAAAGCAUUUGAGCCGGCUGCUGCCCGGGCGCCGCUUCCGCGCCCAGCGUGCCGAGCCCGCGGCGGCGGCGGCGGCGGCGGACGAGCCCCAGCCGGGGCCCUCCCGCCCCCGCGCGCGCACCCCCACCCCGCCCCCCCGCGCGGCCCCCUCGCGCGCCGACAGCGACUCCGACGACGAGGCCGUGGCCACUUGCUGCGGCGCCAUCGCCGCGCCGCGCGAGCAGAAACCCGACAUCAACGAGGUCGACACGUGGCCCAUAGACGCGCCCUUCUGCCCGGACGAGGACUACAUCAUGGAGUGGCUCCGCCUGGGCUACCGGGAGCGGCCGCGGGCGGAGCGCCAGGCGCUGGAGCUGGUGGAGCAUCUGCUGCGGCGCGCGCACAACGGCGCCGGCCCCGCCUUCCUGUGCGCCAGCUGCCUGGGCGUGCUGCGGCGGCCGGUGACAGGCGCGUGCGGCCACUCCCGCUGCCGCGCGUGCACGCUGGCGCGCCGCUGCCCGUGCGGGGAGCCCACCACGGCCGCCGCCGCCGGCGCGCCCGCGCCCGACGUGCUCGCGCAGCGCCUGCUCUCCACCCUCACCGUCCCCGAACUCUUCGCUAGGAUGGUGAUGAACCUGAGCGAAGUAAGGGACUACGACGAGUAUCUGAUGCGUGCGCAGAGACUCACCGGCCCUCCCCAUGAGGGCGUGAUCGGGGGGUCGCACUUGUGCUUCACCACGGACAGCUACGUGUUUCGACUUUACGCCCGUAUGCUGCUGCCACCGGUCUUUGGGCCGGUUCACCGGCACGUACGGUUCAGUCGCCGGUACAUAUAUGCCCGUGAGCUUGCACGCCGUGGCCGCCUAGCGAAGGUGUCCCGCCUGGCCCGGGGCGCCGCCCGCGGCUACAAAGCCAUUAAACGAAGAGCCAAGAAGAUGCUCCUCCAGAUGAUGCUAUUCUUAAUGAAUCCGGCGAAUUGGUGUUGCCUCCGCCAGGUGGUGAACAACUCGACCCUCCUCGCUGACCUCUGGGCCCAUGCACACGCGAAGUACGCCGCCACAGUGUUGGAGACCUCCAAGCGCUGGAUCAAAGCCGGGGAACUGGACUGCAUUCUAUGUUGUUCCCAUUACAGGUCUGGACGGUGCUGCUUAGGGCAUCCUAGAUGCCCUGUAACGACCCCCUGUGGACACACGUACUGCCGCUCCUGUCUCGAACGCUCGCUGGACUACCGCCCCCAUUGCCCGCUUUGCUCCCAGUCGCUCUUGGACUUCAACGUCGACGCCACGAACGACAACUUGUUCGUGGUGCAAGCGAUCCAGUCGGGGGGGCUGUGCGCCAUCGAGCUCCCGGACUGCGACGACCGCCUGCCCAUCUUCGUGUGCACCGUCGCCUUCCCCACGGUCCCUUGCCCCCUGUAUGUCUUCGAGCCGCGCUACCGCCUCAUGAUCCGUCGCUGCAUGCGGAAGAGGAACAAGGUGUUCGGGAUGGUCUCCUGCGACGCAACCAACACCUUCAGCGAUUACGGCACGAUCCUGGAGAUCAGGGACUGCGUGCGGCUGAGCGACGGGCGCUCCAUCCUCAGCACCAUCGGCCUGAGCCGCUUCCGCAUCCUGGAGCGCGGGAUCAAGGACGGGUACGACGUGGCUCGCGUGGAACGCAUCAUCGACGUGCGCCCCAGCCCGACGCUGUACCGCGCGUUCAGCCGCCAGCUCCGCGACAAGGCUGCUCGUUGGCUGCGCCACAUGGACCGCGGCGCGCAGCUCGAGAUAGAGGCCACGUUCGGAGCCAUGCCGCCGGAGGAGGACCCGGCCACGCAGGGCCCCGACGGACCCGCUUGGCUGUGGUGGAUCCUGGCUAUACUGCCGUUAGCGAGCGAUUUAAAAGUGAUGAUCCUUUCAACGCCGCUGCUGGAGAAGCGCCUGAUGGCCGUGGAACGCACCCUGGACGUGAUGUCGCACUCGUGGCGCCCCGUCCCGCGCACCCUGAACCUCCCGCCGAUGCUCCAGCGGGCUGCCUGACGCCAGGGCUGCGACAUGCUCACCGACGCCGACCAGAACUUCCUCCGGACAACAGACGCCGUCAUACCCCGAAACUGGACCCAGGAUCAAACCCACUCCGCCCUCGCAGUCUUACACUCCGACACUGAAACCUUCCUCAGACUCUAUCCCGGGGGUGCUGAGGGUUGCUGAGAUUCAAUCAUGAAAUGCCGGGCUCUCUUCAAGUACUACUUGAAGAAGAUGUGUUGUUUUAGGUGGUAAAUAUGUUGGAUGUAGUCACACAGCGACACGGCUAGCUUGUUUGCGUUUGUACAAAGUUAUUAGUAGGCUCAGCGGUGUAUGGUCUGAGCGUAGGUUCUCGCGUUAUUGUUUAAGCCGACUCUGUGACAAAUCCAUCAUAUUACAACUAGAAGAUUGGCUUAUACGUAAUGUCACAAAAGAUUUCUUAGAAUUUUGUGGCAUUCCGUGUAAUGGAAUGUUUGAGAAUGGCCCAGUAUUUCAUUUUAAAUUAAGAAUUAGAUAAGGUAGGUAAGUUUGUAAAUAAAACCACUUAGUUACCAUGACAAAGACCGUCAGCUAUUUAUGAAAAAAAUAUAUUAUUUUUUAUGAAUGACUGACGGUUGUUACGACACACAUAAACACGAUACGACGUCGAGUCGCAGAAAUGCCUCCUUCUCCUUCCCACUCUCAGAUGUUGAAUGUGCGAGAGCGAGAGCAUGGACCGACGCGACAUCGUAUCGUGUUUACGUGUGGGAGCCCUCAGAGUCCCAAGUGGAAGUUUUUACACCGCGAAUGUGUUAGGUGCGUAAGUCGUGGGUAGGUACUCAGCAGCAACUGCACUUCGUAGCGAGAAAAACUCCCACUAGGCCCUCUACUCAAAACAAACUGGCUAGACCAGGGGUGGCCAACUUGACUGGGCGACGAACCCUGUUCGAACUACCAAUUAGCUAUGUACAUAAUGCUAGAAAUCUUAGGUUCUUAGAACAGCAUAGUUUAGUGAAAAAAUUGGUUGUUGCAAUCGACUGGAGGAAUAGUCGCGAUCACCCGGUUGGCCGCCCCUGGACUAGACAAGGCGUGAAUAGCAGGUCGUAGCCGAAGGCUAUGACGAAGAAAAUAAUUGCAAAUCGGUUUGAGUUAUUUAAGCUAUAUUCGAUUUUAUUUUGCGACCGGUACGACAUCGUUGCACCGGUCAUCAUCAUUGUGAUAUAUUUAGUUUACGCUAAGCUUAUGUUCAAUACAUUUUGUUGCAUUUGUAUCCAAUUGGAAUGUUGGAAUAUUGCUGUCUUCGCUACAGCAUAUUAUAUAAGAAUUUGACUGACUUUUUUUUAUUAUUAAUUAUGCAGGACCGUUGGUUUUGCGCGGAGUUAGGCUGGUUCCACUAUGAGCAAGAUGCCAGGGGAGCCGGUCCAUGUCUCUGUAUAAUACGGUUAGUAUUCCAAAUGGAUGCAACCUCCCAUUAUUUAUAAUUAUUAUAAUACUCAGUUAGCAAUUUAUUUUGAAGAAACACACUUAUUUUUUUCCUUUAAAUGCAUAUUUUGUUUCUCCGACCCCUUGAAAAGAUGGUUUGGAAAUAUUUGAUGAAAUUCAACAUUGUAAUUGCAAUCAAGGGAUCAACAGAAUGAAACGAUAUUUUCAUAAAUUCAUUAUAAUUUGAAUCAAUAUGAUUACAGUUAAAUCAUAAUAUUAAUAACCCCUUUCCCAAUUUUGCUAUAUUAUAACUAUGGAAAAACAGUUAUUUACUUAACUUUUGUAAUUCACACUUUUUAACUAAAGCCUGUGGUUUUACAGUACGUACUUUGUUUUCCUUUAAGUAUUUAUUUUUUGUGUUUUAAUCAUUUUGAUGAAAAGUCGUUGUGUUGUCUUUCUAAAUGUACCUAUUCUUUUUAUACAUACAGUUUUUUAUAUUUCAUUCAUACAUUCCUUUCUUUAUAUUUUUGGGUCGCUAUGCAUUAUGCAUAUGGCGCAUCAGUAUAUUUAAAAUUUAUAAGAACUGUUAUAAUAAGUUUAUUUUUUUAUUUAAAUAUAUAAAAAAUAUAAUA